CGUCUAUAGUAAUUGAUCACUCGGUCUAAAUUCUACACACGAACAUGUUUUAACUUGAUAGCCUAUCCACCAUGACGCAACGUACGAACCCAUUCAUGUAAGAGUCGUUACAUCGUGAACCACACUUACGAUGCAUGUGGUUUCGUCGUGGUGCAUGACAGCCCAACCAGCUCCAAGUUAGUAUACCGAACUUAUUCUAGCGGUCGGUGGGUCACGCGUCGACAAGCGCCCUUCGGCGUAUUCCUAGUCCUAACUCUACGAUGUAAGGCACCGAGUAUAAGUGAACCUAAUACCUACUCGGGUAUUAUAGCUAUCCCUACCCAUGUCGAGCUUACCGGGAACAAUUGUGACAACAAUCAGAUCAACGAGCCGUUACCUGCUAAAGCCAACCCAAUACCGAGCUCGCGGGAUCUAUGUGACAACUAGCGCUAGGUAACUAAUACGAAGCAAGCCCGAACGGAUCAAAGCAAGGGAAUCACCACAAUGGCGGCGGUGCAAGUAAACAAGGAUCUCCUUCGUGCCCAGUUCGUGGGUAAGAGCCUCAGCGAGGUUAUCACGCCAACUGCCGUAUUAGAUCUAGCCAAGAUCGAGGCAAACUGCAAUUUGAUGCUCGAAGCUGCUGAGCGACUGCAGCUUAGCUGGCGGGCACAUAUCAAAACCCACAAAACUGAGGAACUCACGAGACUGCAAGUAGGAGACAAGAGCUCUGGUCCGGUAAACCUGAUAGUCUCCACGGUUAUCGAAGCGGAAAGGCUCGUGCCCCUACUAAAAGAAUACCGGGACAAAGGGCGAAAGAUCAACGUCCUCUACUCAUUCCCCCUCUACGCAUCAUGCCUCGACCGGCUCGCCCGCGUGUCUGCGGAACUCGGCGCCGGCGCCCUAUCAGUCAUGAUUGACCACGUGGACCAAGUAUCUCUCCUAGCAACCCUGGCCUCCAAAUCUAGCGGCAAUCCCCCUCUAGUCUUCCUCAAAGUCAACGUAGGAACCAACCGCGCGGGUGUCGUCCCCGGCAGCCCCGCAAGCAACGCCCUGAUCGACGCGCUACUUGCCUCGGAAGAAGCCGGAUCCUCAGUCUUACUAGGCGUAUACUGCCACGCCGGGCACUCGUACGCCGCGCGCAAGGACUGGGAGGCCAUGGGAAUUCUGGGAGCUGAAUUCGAAGCGCUAAAGCAAGUAGCCGAAGUUGUCCGCGAUAAGCGAGCAUCGGGAAAAGACCCUCUAGUCCUCUCCGUCGGCGCAACUCCUACGGCGACUACAAUCCAACACCCCGACCUAGCGUCCACAGACGGCGCUUCCAACGGUCACGGCACCAACGGCGCAGAUAUCCUAACCACCGUCCCAACCCAACACCUCAAAACACUCCUCAAAACCCUUAAAGCCUCCUCCUUCGCGCUCGAGGUCCACGCCGGCGUGUACCCCACCCUCGAUAUCCAACAACUAGCCGCACACGCGCGAGACCUCUCCCUGCUCAACAGCAGCAUGAUCGGGAUCAGCAUCCUUGCGGACGUAGCAUCAGUGUACCCCGCGCGCGGCCCAGACAACGCGGCCGAAGCCGUCGUAAACGCAGGCAGCAUCGCGCUGGGGCGCGAGCCGUGCCAGGAGCCGGAUGGGAAGCGGUACUCAGCGUGGGGGCUAGUGAUGCCGUGGGGGGUGCUAGCUAACUCCCAACCGGUGCCGGGCGCAGAUUUCCCCGAAGUUCAUGGGGGAUGGCAGGUCGCGAAGAUUAGCCAGGAGCACGGCGUGUUGCGGUGGGUUGGGCGGAAGGCAGAUGAGGCUGCGCUGAGCGUGGGCCAACGUGUAAGGAUUUGGCCGAAUCACUCGUGUAUUGCGAGUGCGGGACAUGCUUACUACUUAAUUGUAGAUUCUAGGAAUGUAGGGCGCGAGGACGAGGUUAUUGAUGUCUGGCCGAAAUGGAACGGGUGGUGAUACAUGCAACGGGAACAAAUAUAAAAGGGGGUUAAGGGGCAGACGGAGAGGCGUCGCGGGAUCACAUAGGUUAGACAUCUACCUAGUGAACCAAAAGCAGCAUAGAGAAUC